AUGGCAAAUAAGGAAAAUCUGAGCAGUAUGUAUAGCCUUUCCAAAGUAAGUCCUUGCCUAUAUCUGCCACUGCUGGGAAAACGAUAACGUGGGGUGGGAAUGUGUCAACAGUGGUACCUCGGGUUACAAACACUGCUAACCCGGAAGUAGUACCUCGGGUUGAGAACUUUGUCCCAGGAUGAGAACAAAAAUCGCGUGGUGGCGGCGGGAGGCCCCAUUAGGGAAAGUGCUUCCCAGGUUAAGAAUGGUUUUGGGUUAAGAACAGACCUCUGGAAUGAAUUAAGUUCGUAACUUGAGGUACCACUGUAUGUGUAACAGACAAAAAUUGGAUGACUAGUCUUUGACCAUAUCUUCUGCUCUUGACAAAAGUCCUAUCGUGUGUGUGUGUGUCUGUGUCUGGUAGCCUGUGGGCUCUAAAUUGUGGCUUUUACUAGUAUCACAUUUAUUAAUGGGGCUUCAAAUGAAGGUAUAUAACCAAUUAUGUGAGGGGGAGCAUUCUCCAUUAUUUUACUUUUCCAUGGAAAUUUUCCCAUUUCAUAAGUUCAUUGGUAACAGUGGAUGGAUGUCAGUUGUAAAGACAAUUAAUACUAGACAAACCUGGCAGUUUCAAAGUUAUUUGCUCUGCUGACAAAAUACAAGUAAUAAUAGUAAUAAUAAUAAUAAUUAAUAUGUUAUUUAUACCCCGCCCACCUGGUUGGGUUUCCCCAGACACUCUGGGCGGCUUCCAACAAAAGAUUAAAAGUACAAGUACAUAAGCAAGUUAAAUCAGAUCACUGGAGUGUUUCAGAAAACCUACUGAUAACAAAUACACUGACUUUCUGUCUUUGCACACAGGGCUGUGUGUACGUCUUCAUUUAAAAACCACGAAAUGUGACCUUGAAUGGGGCUAUUUCUUGAUUGCGUUGUCCCUUUCCUGCAGUAUCGGGUGAACAACAUGACAAGUGCUCAGCGGGUUGCCUGUAAGGAUACCAACACUCCAUCAUCCAUCACCCCUUCUGGAUCGCUUUUGGCCCACAGAGCUAUUUCCAGCAGCACAAAGAAAGGCCCGAAGGAUUCAGGUGCCCAGAAUAUGGGUAAGACCUGGUCUGCUUUGUGGAAAUUUUUGGAAAUGCCUCUCACCGAUUCCUGUGCUGCUGAAAUUGCCUCGGAUGCACCCCAUUGCUUUGGGGUUUUCCCCAGACUGCUUGUCGUAAAGGAUGCUGGGGCUUGUGUUGGUCUUGCCGUGUUAUGGAUGACUUUGUUUUCUGUUUCCACAGCUGUCGCAGGCAGGGUUCCUAUUGAGUCUGGCUCCAUGGCUCAGCCGCCAAAGGAAGGCCCUGAGUGAGUUCCCUUGUUACUGGUUUCAGAAAGCUGGCAGUUGCAAAUCUGUUUCUGGACUUGGGAAUGGGUUGGGGCUAGCCAUGUUUAUUUACUUACUAAAUUUCUACCCCGCUCUUCAUCCGAAGAUCCCAGAGCAGUUUAAAUAUAAAAACACAAACUUAUACAGGUGUACCUUGGAUCUCGAACGCCCUGGAACUCAGACGUUUUGGUUCCUGAACGCCGCAAACCCGGAAGUGAUUGUUCUGGUUUCCAAACGUUCUUUUGGAACCCGAACGUCCGACAGGGCUUCCACGGCUUCUGAUUGGCAAAACCUAUGUGGUGUUUCGCAACUUUCUGACUAGUUGCAGGACCUUAGCCAGACCUAGCAGAAUACACGCAGAAAGAAACGGAAGCAAUUGGCGACUUGGCUGCAGACAGGAUAGACGAAGCAGGAACAAGGAUCUUGUAGCUAGGUGUUUAUUAUAUACAGUGGACUAUUUACAGGAACAGAACUCAGAUCUUUUGCUAGCUCUCUCUCACACAACUCUUACACUGACACACUGAACUCCAGAACUAACACAUUCCAGUUAGUAGGCCAUUAAUUAUCACUCCCUUGAGAGAGCUUGACCAAUCAGGGAGCUGUCUCCAUGCCUCUGUUAUCACCAGGAAGACUUACUCCUUCACAUGACCUUCUGGCUGUCUGCCAAACCUUAAUUGACUCUGUGUGAGUAGCUGCACGUACACAGUUUCCCAACAGGAGCUUCCUGCAGCCAAUCAGAAGUUGCGAUUUGGCUUUAAAACGUUUUGGAAGUCGAACGGACGUCCAGAACGGAUUCCGUUCGACUUCCAAGGUACGACUGUAAUAGCAAACCAAAACAAUACCCUGCCAGUUCGAAAGGCCAUAGAUUGUUUAAUGAGCCAAAGGCCUGGGAGAAGAGGCAUGUUUUUGCCUGGUGCCUAAAGGUAUGUAGCGAUGGUGUUAGGAGAGUCUCCCUGCAGGGAACAAUAGGGUUUCAAGGUGCCUGUCCCCUCCUUGCAACAUGAGAAAUUCCUCUGGGGUGUCAUGCCAGCUAAUCUAUUUAUCCUCCACUCCCUAGGCGCUUAUUCACCAUUGAUGACUUUGAGAUCGGGCGUCCUCUGGGCAAAGGCAAGUUUGGGAACGUCUACCUGGCUCGGGAAAAAGAAUCCAAGUUCAUUGUGGCGCUCAAAGUGCUCUUCAAAUCCCAAAUGGAGAAGGAGUGCGUGGAACAUCAGCUGCGGCGGGAGAUUGAAAUCCAGUGUCACCUCAGGUACUGCAAAAGACCAAAGGCCUCUGAGCCUCCAAGUUCAUAAUAGUUUUCACUGUCGGCCUGCUUUGCCCCCUUCCUGUGAGCAUCAUGGACAAAAACGGCCAAGGAAGUUUUUGGAAAAGAUGGACUCUCUUUGGGUGUAGAAGCUGUUGUCCCUAGAAUCCUGUCAGUUUCCGGCUGUACAGGUGAUGUCGUUUGUUAAAUUUCUGUCCCUCGCAAAGAGCCGGCAAACGAAAAGAAAAAAAGCAGUGAAAGAAUUCUAUUAAAUUAAAAGUGGUCCCUCAGCUGGCAAUUGUGUGGCCCCAUGGAUCUUCAUCCCUUUAAUGCAGGGGUCAGCAAACUUUUUCAACAGAUGGCCGGUCCACUGUUCCUCAGACCUUGUGGGGGCUGGACUAUAUUUUUUUGGGGGGGGAUGAACGAAUUCCUAUGCCCCACAAAUAACCCAGAGAUGCAUUUUAAAUAAAAGCACUGUAAAAACAUGCUGAUUCCCGAACUGUCUGCGGGCCAGAUUUAGAAGGCGAUUGGGCUGGAUCCGGCCCCUGGGCCUUAGUUUGCCUACCCAUGCUUUAAUGUCUCUUUCCUUUGCUGCCGCUCCCCGGUCGUCGAUUCUAAUGCCCCUCCCCUUUUCUGCAGCCACCCCAAUAUCCUGCGCCUUUACAACUACUUCCACGACCGGAAGCGUGUAUAUCUGAUCCUGGAGUAUGCCCCUCGUGGGGAGCUCUACAAGGAACUGCAGAAACACCGGCGUUUUGAUGAGCAGAGGAGCGCCACGGUGAGCUUGCGCAUGACUGUGCCUGGGCUCAGAGGUUAAAUAACAGCUUGGGGGCCCUUAAACCUUAAGGUACCACAUGCGUUGGCGGAAAGGCGGGAGGAUGUUGCCAGGGGAUGGGGUGUAGCUCAGCAGGAGAGCAUAGCCCAAAAAUGGUCCCUGGUGGCAGACAGCCACUGGCUAAAUGGUGUACAUGAGGCACAUCCAGCUCCCAAGAGACUGUGAUCUACUCCCAGUAUAUAAAAAAAACUGGCAGUGAUCUACCCACUGGAUUGACCAAAGUUGCUGAGCUUUUUUGGGGGAGCCUUCACCACAGUUGUUGAGGAUCAACUAGGAAUGCCCCGCGAUCGACUGGUUGAACAUACUUGGUGAACAUGAACUGUUGAUUUAAAGAAAACACCUACAUUGAAUAAGAGCAAUUAACGUACAACCUUGAAAGAGAACACAUUAUUAUUAUUAUUAUUGCUGUUGUUAUUAGUAAAAGAUAAAGGUACCUGCUCCUGCCAACCUAGCAGUUCAAAAGCACGUCAAAGUGCAAGUAAAUAAAUAGGUACCACUUCAGCGGGAAGGUAAACGGCGUUUCUGUGCGCUGCUCUGGUUCGCCAGAAGCAGCCCAGUCUUGCUGGCCACAUGACCCGGAAGCCGUACGCCGGCUCCCUCGGCCACUAAAGCGAGAUGAGAGCCGCAACCCCAGAGUCGGCCACAACUGGACCUAAUGGUCAGGGGUCCCUUCACCUUUACCUAAAGGACCCCUGACAGUUAACUCCAGUCGCAGACGACUCUAGGGUUGCGGCGCUCAUCUCGCUUUACAGGCCGAGGGAGCCAGCGUUUGUCCACAGGCAGUUUUUCCGGGUCAUGUGGCCAGCAUGACUAAGCCGCUUAUGGCAAAACCAGAGCAGCACACAGAAACGCCGUUUACCUUCCCACCGGAGCGGUACCUCUUUAUCUACUUGCACUUUGACGUGCUUUCAAACUGCUAGGUUGGCAGGAGCAGGGACUGAGCAACGGGAGCUCACCCCGUCGCGGGGAUUCGAACCGCCGACUUUCUGAUCGGGAAGCCCAAGAGGCUCAGUGGUUUAGACCACAGCGCCACCCGCAUCCCUGUUGUUAUUAUUGGAAACAUUUAAAAACCUAUGAGCACGUGUAAAUUCAUGUGGAUGACAAAACAUGGCAUCAUAACAGACUUGGAAAAUCUUUUACCUUGCAGAUUUAGCUUACAUCCGCAGGGUAUAUACUACCAUCUAUAGUAUUAAGAUAAUUUCUCUAUACUGGCUGCUGUGACUGAGACAGAAGGGAGAUUACUAUUCCUAUUGUUAAUAAACACUAUAAAUUGAGACCAUGCUUAACACUCGUGCUGAAAUAGAAAAGCCUUUGCCAAGGGCCUGAAGUUCAGGGAAGGGUCUAGCCUAAUCUCAGUCUGGAAUGGCUACCAUGGGGUUGGGUUUUUGGUGGUUAUAAGCUGAACAUUUGAACCAUGGAGGACCACUAAUAACCUCCCCUGAAGACCUCCGUCAACGUGCAGAGAUCAGCUGGUCUUUAAGGUGUCCUUAAGACUCUAAUCUAGCAAAUUAUAUACAAGAAUCUUGAACGGGGCCCAGUACCAUUUGGGCAGCCAGUGCAGGUUUUAAGAAUUGGUGCUGGCAAUAGUUUGUUUGCAUUAAUCAAAUCUUGAGGUCACCAGUGCAUGAAUCAUCCUGGCCAGGCUAUGCCUGUCCAAGAACGUCCAUCGUGGGCACACCAGCUGGAGCUGGCAAAAUAAUAAUAAAAAUAAAAUUUAUUUAUACCCCGCCCUCCCUGGCCAGAACCGGUCUCAGGGUGGCUAGCACCAAUAAAAUCACAGUAAAAACAAAAGGGGGGGGGAUCCAAUUUAAAAUACAGGUUAAAAUGCAAUUUAAAAUGCAGCCUCAUUUUAAAGUAGCUGAUAAAUCAAGACCAUAAGGGGAGGGAAACAUAAGGGUCAGGCUGAGUCCAAACCAAAGGCCAGGCAGAACAGCUCUGUCUUGCAGGCCCUGCGGAAAGAUGUCAAGUCCCGCACAGCCCUAGUAUCUUGUGACAGAGCGUUCCACCAUGUCGGGGCCAGUGCUGAAAAGGCCCUGGCCCUAGUUGAAACCAAUCUAACCUCCUUGAGGCUCAUGACCUCCAAAGUGUUGUUAUUUGUGGACCUUAAAGUCCUCCACAGGGCAUACCAGGAGAUGCGGUCCCGUAGGUACGUGGCUGAUCUGUUUGGCUGUCAUUCAAAGGGUGCAGUUUGAGGUUACCCAGUGCACCAAAGGAGCAGGGCGGUGGGUUCAAGUCUCUCUCACAUAGCAAGGCACUGGUGUCCCAAGGUGUACGCAACGGACCCUUCUUUGCUUCACCUCUGCAGUACAUGGAAGAGCUGGCUGAUGCCCUCCUCUACUGUCACAGCAAGAAGGUCAUUCACCGGGACAUCAAGCCGGAGAACUUGCUUAUGGGGCUGAAGGGGGAGCUGAAGAUUGCUGAUUUCGGCUGGUCCGUGCAUGCCCCCUCGCUCAGGUAAGGGGGGGCGUCCUUGGUUUGGUUUGCCCUGGUGGUUUGCCCGGGAUAUCUGAGGCCCUAGUUCUUCACUGCGCUGCCCCAGAUCCCUUCAGCUCUUAACCGCCCUUGACCUCCUGCUCUGCCUCAGGAGAAAGACCAUGUGUGGGACUAUGGACUACCUGCCCCCUGAGAUGAUUGAAGGCAAACCCCACAACGAGAAGGUGGACCACUGGUGCAUCGGGAUCCUGUGUUAUGAGUUCCUGGUGGGGCACCCGCCCUUCGAGACCGCCUCCGCCCCGGAGACGUAUCGCCGCAUUGUAUCGGUGAGCUUUGCAGUCGGCUUCACAGUUGGCCCACAAUUGCCACUCAUGACAGCAAUUUCCGUGCAGAGUUGCUGGGUUGUGCCAGGAGGGUUCUGCUAGCACCAGGGGGCUCUGGCCCCAAAGGGGAUUGUCCCAAGAAGUGGUGCAGUAGAGGGGGAGAGGAAGAGACAAAAGCACGAGGCCUGGGAGCUUAUGUGGCAGCAGAACUGGUGAAAAGCAUAGGACCAGUUCUUGCGGCUUCAGAAUGGAGUGGGCCACCCAGGGUCAGCAACACUGAUUACCGUAUUUUAACUCAAUAAGGCACACCUUUUUCCUCCUAAAAAGUAAGGGGAAAUGUCUGUGCGUCUUAUGAAGCGAAUGCUGCAUAGAGGAGGGAUGUGUAAGUGGCUCCUGUCUGCUUUGCUGCUUUAAAGUGAGCCGUGGAGGAGAGAUGGACGGACUCCCCUUCCUUCCCUCCUCUGAGGCUCUGUUUUAAAGCAGCAAAGCGGAAAGGAGCAGUCCGCUUUGCCGCUUUAAAGCGAGCCACGGAGGACGGAUGGGAGCCAUGGCUCCCCUUCAUUCAGAAUAUUUUUUUUCGUGUUUUCCUCUAAAAACUAGGUGCGUCUUAUGGUCAGGUGCGUCUUAUGGAGCAAAAAAUACGGUGAUUGCUUCCUAGCUGGAUCUUUGCUGGCCACAACGCAGAACCCACCACUGGGCCUGGCUGCCACUUUCCUCAGGGCUGUAGACACGUAUCCUGAAUAGGGUACAACCCUUUCAUGAGAGCCUAGAGGCACUGCAAUGCACACUUCUGGGAAAUCAUGAGGUUUGGAGCCCAUGUGGCUACAGUGUUGGACUUUAAAAGCUGGGAAAACCCAGGCUCCCCCCUCCCAUCCUUCAAGCAGGCCUUGGGCCCACCUCUCUAGAUCUAGCUUUCCUCGGACGGUGGGUGUGAGAAUGAGGGUGGGGGUGGAGAACGGGGGGAAGCCUUGUGCACAUGAAGACCCUUCAAGGUGUUUUGGAGGAAGAGACACAUUGAAUGAAUGAAUGAAUGAAUGAAUGAAUGAAUGUUUAUUUGCGUCAGCCAUCGGCCACAGCAACAAUACAACAAUGCAAUAUAUAAAAAACUGAAAUAAAAAGUCAAUUAUAUAAAACACACUUUAGGAUCCUGAAUCAGCAGUCAAAUAGUGGGCCCAGCUAAAAACCUUGCAGACUUUGCUUUCAUCUGCUCAUCUUGAUCUGCCAAGAGAAAGGGCACCGUGGCAGUGGUUGGAUGACCCAGAAUGGACAAUAAAAGAGGGGUGAUCAUCUCAUUCCUCAAGUCUUUAUAAAGAGUGAAAGCCAGAAGGGCAUGUGCCACCGAUUUGGGACUGCCAUCUCCACAGGGACAUAAGCGUUUUUCGUGUGGAAUGUGUUGGAAUCGUCCCUCAAGUACAGCCGAGGGCAGUACAUUCAAUUUUGCGAGGGUAAAAGCGUGUCUAUAUUUUGGGAUUGCUAGGUUAUGCAGGUAGGGUGCCAGAGAGUCGAAAUGAGAAGGUGGAAAAUAGUCAUACCAUGGGCAAAAUUUCCUUAUACAUACAACAUACCAACUGGCUGAGCACAGGCUGUCUAGCAAUAAAGUAGGCAAAAAUGAGAUCUCCCUUCCACCAUGUCUUAUGAUAAUUCAAAAUAGGGAAAGCUACCUGAGGAGAGUACAGAGGGAAGUGAGGGGCAGAUGGGGCUCGUCCACCUGUGAAAGUAGCCCAUCUUGGAGAAGGAAAGCUUGAUGCUGUUGUAAACAAAAUCUGCUCUUUUUCCGUUAUGGGGUAUCCAAAAGCCCAUAUACUAUUGGUAGGAGAAAAUAACAGAGGCCAGCCAGAGAAUAUUGAGAAGCAAAGCAGCUAGUAAGCCUGAUCUUUAUUGAACUGUUGCAACAGGGUGCUCCCCUCACACGCAGGAAAGGAGGAGGACCCAGAACCAAGGUGUGCCUGCCCCUAUAUAGACAUUUUAAAUUCCCUGCCCUGGAGCUCCAGACCACCCCUCCAUACAUCAUACAUACAUCACAGAAGCGGUGUAACCCAAGACCCCCCCCCCCAAACAUCAUACCUACAUCACAGAAAAGGUGGUCUACAACAGAAAUUUGAAUGUUGUUUUUCCUGUCUGCCAGGUUAUCUGAUAAUGCCCCAUCUGAUUCCCUUUCCUGGUAGUCUGUCCAUUCCUUUGAGAUGGUGGUUACUAAAUUCCUGUAACAAGGAAGGGUUUUUUCCCCACCUCCUCCCAUUUGGUCAGUUUGGGAGUCCAAAUGGUUUCAGGACUGUCUUCCUGUGCUGCUUCAGACAUGUGCUUUAUAUAUUUAUGUACGUGUUUGCUUGGUACAUUUAUGAACAUUUAUUAUAUAUCUAAGACUUGCCGAUCAGGGAGCCCUGACCAUUAGGUCCAGUCGUGACCAACUCUGGGGUUGCGGCGCUCAUCUCGCUUUAUUGGCCGGGGGAGCCGGCGUACAGCUUCCGGGUCAUGUGGCCAGCAGGACUAAGCCGCUUCUGGCGAACCAGAGCAGCGCACGGAAACGCCGUUUACCUUCCCGCCGGAGUGGUACCUAUUUAUCUACUUGCACUUUGACGUGCUUUCGAACUGCUAGGUUGGCAGGGACAGGGACCGAGCAACGGGAGCUCACUUGCUUCCUGCCUAAAUAUGUUACCAAUGCAAGUACCAGAGAUGUCUUUCCAAGUGUGUGUGUGUGAGAGAGAAAUGCGUUCAGAAGCCGAGGAAGCGUUUGUCCCUUGCUAAAUCCUCCCAUGCCUGCUUUUCUCUGGUUCGUGGUCUUGACUCCCUUUUCUCUCUCUCCCGUACCCCAAAUACAGGUAGAUCUGAAGUUCCCCCCGUUUGUGACAGAAGGUGCCCGGGACUUGAUUUCAAAGCUGCUGCGCCACAACCCGGCUGAUCGACUGCCGCUUCAGGGUGUGAUGGAGCACCCUUGGGUGAAAGCCAACUCGCGGCGGGUGCUGCCUCCUGUCUAUAACGCUGGGCCUGUGAACUAGCUCUAAGGAGGGACACAUGAGGAGGGACUGGUCAUAACCGAGCGAUGGCCCAGGAAGAAUUUUGGUUUGGUUAUGUUUUAAGGUUUUCUUUCAAAUGAUUGUAGGGUCUUAAUUUUUUAUUUUUAUUUUUAUUUUUUGCUCCUGGAGGUCCUUGCUGGAAGAACUGCUAGGCGAGUAGUUUAUUUCUGCCUCCUGGGGGAUAAACUUGCCCCUCCAAGCUUCUGGGGAAGCUGGCUUCGAUUGCUUCAGAGUCCGUAUUGAAAAAUGGGUGUUGCUUCAGUUGGAACUGAAGGCCUUUAAUCCUUACUCUCCGAAAAGCUCUUUUUAAUAGGCCCACAGUCACCCAGACCGUUCUAAGACAUUGAUCUUGUGGCAUUAUCCUACGGAGAUGUUUGCGUCUUUAAUAAAACUAAUAUUAUUUUUUAUAUAUACUUGAUUGGCUGUGCCUCCUGUUCCUUCGUCCAGCUGAAACUUUGGAUGGUUAUUUCCGAUUUCCUCAAAGCGCAGAAACAGAUGGGUGGGGUUUGGCUUGGCGCUUGACACAGAGGACUCAUUGUUAUGCUGGGGGCGGUGGCUCGGGCUGAGUGUACAUGUACUUUCCUGCCCAGACGCCCCGCCCUGCCAUAAACUCUUCCUUUGGACUUUCCAAAAGACAGCCUGGAGAAAUUGGUCAGAAGAAGAAAGCAAGGCGUGGAUGUUAUGCUUGCAGGCCUGUGUUGGUCAGUGCGGGAAAGCAGAGAUUUCAUGUAUGCUGCAUGGAGCUCCACGAUGGGAGAGAGAAUUUCAAGAAAUAAAAGCAUAAAUGGAAUAUUCAAUGGAAAGGGCUAAUUCUCACUGAGGGGGGUAACACGACAGUUGCAUGUAGUGCCCCAACUGCCUUCUAAAAUAAGACAUAAAAAUAGCCAGUGAGGCUGUACAGUGGUACCUUGGGUUAAGUACUUAAUUCGUUCCGGAGGUCCGUUCUUAACCUGAAACUGUUCUUAACCUGAAGCACCACUUUAGCUAAUGGGACCUCCCACUGCUGCCGUCGCGCUAUUUCUGUUCUUUUCCUGAAGCAAAGUUCUUAACCUGAAGCACUAUUUCUGGGUUAGCGGAGUAUGUAACCUGAAGCGGAUGUAACCCGAGGUACCACUGUACAGGUUACAGACUCCACUAACCCAGAAAUAGUGCUUCAGGUUAAGAACUUUGCUUCAGGAUGAGAACAGAAAUUGUCCUCCGGCGGUGCGGCAGCAGCAGGAGGCCCCAUUAGCUAAAGUGGUGCUUUAGGUUAAGAACAGUUUCAGGUUAAGUACGGACCUUCAGAACGAAUUAAGUACUUAACCUGAGGUACCACUGUAGUUGGAAGCAGAAAAGCAAUAGGGUAGAGAGGCUUCUUAAAGUUUCCACUCUUGUGGCACUGAUGCAUUUAAAAUUGCAGCCCUCUGAUUUAUUUAGCUGCCAGAGUACAGUUUUUUCCUUUGUACAGGAAAAGGGCGGGGGGUGAACCUGCCUACUGUUUCUGAGGGUAUCCUAGUGGGGAAAUGCAUGGGACAAGUGGGUUACGUCUUUCCUAGACACCCCCUUCAAAUCGUAGCUUCAAAGUUUCAUGGUGUUUAGAAAUAAUGGCAGAGGAGGCCAAUAACUACCUUAGGUGCACCUGAGCAGUACAGCUUUAGGCUUACAAAUAUAGGCUCUCAGCAUUCAGUUUGGGGUUUUUAGUGGCCUCUGCCAUUAUUGGUAUGUGAGAUGGCUAAUAAUGCCAAAAUCAGUUUAAAGAAGAGAGAAAGAUGCAAGCUAUAUUCCAAGUAGAUGACAUGAAUUUCAUGUGUUUUUAUUGUGUAUUAUAUCCACGCUUAUGCACUCAAAUAUGUUGUAAGCUGCUUGGAGAACUUUUUUGUGUAACGAGCAGCUAACAAGUUUAGAUGAUAUAAUUUGCAAAAGCAAAGCACAACAGUGAGAUUUCCUCUGCCCCAAAAUUAAAAGAACACUUGUCUCCUGCAAGAUAAAGAUUAGAUGGGUUUGUGUGUUUUUUGGUUUAAAAAGUGCUCUCCUGUACAUCAUUUGCAGUUUGAAGUAGCACAGCUCAGAUGCAUGUUUAGCAAUUGUUACCUAUUUAUUAUAUUUGUACCACACCUUCCCUCCGAGCAGCAGGGUGGUGGACUAAAUGUCCCUUGGAGUACUUCCAAAUCUACAAUACUGUGUUCCUAUGACUCCUCAUUUUAUUCGUGCAACAACCCUGUGAAGGUACAUUAGGCCAAGAGAUAGUGAUUGGCAUGGCUGGAUGGAAUUUGAAUCUCUGUUCUCCCUGGUCCUAGUCUGGACCUUUCCAAACACGCAUCAUUUCGCGAUGCAGUAAUUCAGUUUUACUAGCAAACGAGAGGUUACGCUAACCCUUUUCCAGCCCCAGGAGGAGCGGGGAGAAUGUUUGCACACCUACACACUGCAACCGGCACACUGGUGUGUCAUGCUGCAAAGUUUGGAAAGCUCUGUCCUAGUCCAAAACUACACAGCAUAUUCUUGGCGAGAGAGAGGCUGAAAUAAAUUGGGACUUCUUUGAGUAGGCUCCCUGACAUGAGCCGACGGUGGUCAUAUACAUUCAUUUUAGUGUGUUUACUCUCAGCACAUGCUUGGUUGCUGAAUCCUAGUAUAGUCAUAUCUCGGUUCUCAAAUGUAAUCCGUUCCAGACGACUUCUGAAACAUUCGAAAGCCAAGGUGCAAAGGGCUGUCCACAAAUUCAGUUGAAAAAAACCGAAAAACACGCAGCGGAAGCAGUUAGACUUUCAAGGCAUGUUUGAAAACGGAAACAUUUACUUUUGGGUUUUCAGCAUUCGGGUUCCGAACUGCUAGUCGACGGAGACGUUCGAGAACUGAGAUACCACUGUACAGAUCUACAGCAGGUCAUUUUGAGACCACCCACCUCCACUAACUGGCUUUUAGGUGUAUAAUUUUCCCCAAAGAUCCUUUGUAUUUCAACUUUUCAGCCACUUGGACUGUUGAGUAUCUGUGGCUCAACGCCCCCUUGGGUGGUUUCCUGGAGACGAUUUUGCUCUAGCUGUGUUUUCCUUACAGGUAGGUAGCUGUGUUGGUAGUCGAAACAAAGUAAAAUAAAUAAAAUAAAAUAAAAAAAUUCCUUCCAGUAGCACCUUAGAGACCAACUAAGUUAGUUAUUGGUAUGAGCUUUCGUGUGCAUGCACACUUCUUCAGAUACCUGAAUACAGUCAUACCUCGGGUUACAGAUGCUUCAGGUUGUGCGUUUUUGGGUUACGGAUGCACUGAAACCCAGAAGUACCAGAAUGUACUGUGAGAAACAGGCAAGCAGGAUUCGAACACAAGAGCCUUCUCCCCUCCUGUGGUUUCCAGCAACUGGUAUUCAGAAACAUUGCUGCCUCUGACUGUGGAGACAAGAGCGUAGCCAUCAAUAGCCCUCUGCGUGAAUUUGUCUCCUCUUUUAAAACCAAGUUGGCCAUCCCUGCCUCCUGUGGGAGCAAGUUCCAUAGUUUGACAAUGCACCGCGUGCCUUCACUUCUCAAUUCACCUGCUUUAGCUUGUUAAUGGAGAAAUCUGAGGGCUCCCCGGACAAAAAACUAGGACACCAGCCAGGAAUACAAAACAGCAGCCAGUAGGCUUGGUCUUUAUUGAAGACUGUUGCGACAGGACUCCCACCUGCCACAAGGUGGAACAAGAUGGAAGCCCCGGACAAAAGAGAACCCAAACUUUUAUUAGCUGCUAAUCCCCAUGUUACACCCCCCCCAAACUACAUCACUCAUACAUCACGGUUACAUCAUGAAAAGGGAGGUCGGGUGGCAGUAAUCUGAGCAUCCUGGACCCUGCUCCAUGGUUCUUGCCCUCCACCAAACACCCAUCAAGUGUAACAAAAAAGAUCUUUACAUUUCCCUGUUUCCCAGCCAAGUGAAUCACACCCUUUUGUCUUCAUCUGGGUUUAUUUCUGGAAUGGCUACCUGUCUGGCACUCAGGUAUCAGGAUGCCAGGGAUUAUCUCUCAGGCAGAGGGGCUGCUGAGCAGCUGAGCUCACAUGUCUAUAUGAAUUUCUGAAGUUUUCCCUGUGAGCCAGUACACAGAUACAUUUUUCAGUGAAUUGUUACAUUUGGCGUCUUGCAGUAGAGGCCCUUUGAAUAGAUAGGAAGAAACUGUGAUGGGGUGUUUUGUGGGGACAAAUCACAAAAGCCACAAAAGCGAUUGUGCUGGUUUUGGUAGUGGGCUGCAUGUGCAUGAUAUCUGCUGGAGGGGCAACCCACCCCAACCUAUACAUAAAUUCCUGCAACAAGCCACACUGACUCUUCGGGAAUUUUAGCUGGACAAAUACGGGAUUGUCUACAGCCCAAUCCUAGCAGCUUCUUUCCCUCAAAGCCAGGACAAAGCCAUGUUGCCGUAAAAGCUCUACUGGGUCUAACCCAGCAUCCGUCUUGACCACAGCAUCUUGUCAAAAAAUGGCGUUCGGCUAGGGGCUUCUGGGAAACUCAAGCAGAACCGGAAGCUUCCUUCUCCACAGUGUGCCAUGCAGUAACCAUAGAUAGGCCAUUCCAUUUAUAAAUCUUAUUUCCGUGAGGUACCCCAAAGUACUUAGGAGGCACGCUUCCUUGGCUCAUGGCGACUCCAUCUUGGCUUUUACUAAGCUCAUUGCGGGUGUUGCACUCUGAUGCUUUCCUACCCUGCUGUGCUUUCCCUAAAAGGGCCUCCCAUAAAUACCACACUUAAAACCAAGCAAAAAGAAGUGGGGAUGGGUGUAGCCCCCUCCCCUCAUGACAGCCACGAAGGCUUUGUUGUUGUUGUUUAGUCGUUUAGUCGUGUCCAACUCUUCAUGACCCCCUGGACCAGAGCACGCCAGGCACUCCUGUCUUCCACUGCCUCCCGCAGUUUGGUCAGACUCAUGCUGGUAGCUUCAAGAACACGGUCCAACCACCUCGUCUUCUGUUGUCCCUGUUAGGUUGUGGGCGAACAUAUCAGAUGACACAGUGAUUCUUCCAAAGCAGCUCUUUAUUUGUAAGCUGGAACAGAACUGAACUGAGGAACUCAGUCAGCCUGCUUAUAUAGAGCUCCAGAACAAUGUAACUGUUGCCAUUUUCUAAAACGAUACAAUCACUGAACGUCACUUUCGAUCCUUCAUUUGCAUACAAACUAUCCAAUCACUGAACGUCACUUUCGAUCCUUCAUUUGCAUAACUAUCUACAGUAUCCCCUUGCUGGCCCAGGGUAAGAACUUCAGUACAUAACAGUCCCCUUCUCCUUGCACCCUCCAUCUUUCCCAACAUCAGGGUCUUUUCCAGGGAGUCUUCUCUUCUCCUGAGGUGGCCAAAGUCUUGGAGCCUCAGCUUCAGGAUCUGUCCUUCCAGUGAGCACUCAGGGUUAAUUUCCUUAAGAAUGGAUGCGUUUGAUCUUCUUGCAGUCCAUGGGACUCUCAAGAGUCUCCUCCAGCACCAGAAUUCAAAAGCAUCCAUUCUUCGGCGAUCAGCCUUCUUGAUGGUCCAGUGCAAAGGCUUUAGAGAGGUAUUAAAGAGCUUAUUAAUGGAGGAAGGCGGCUCAUUUGCAUUUAUGGUGGUUUUUACACUCAUUACACCUUAAGGCUUAAAGCAGCAAGGCAGGACGGAGAGAGUUGUCCCCUCAGAUUGUGAGGUGACCCUGUCAUUGUGCUUUUUCUGCCUUUUUCUCUCUCCCCAACACACACAUCCCUCAUUUUGUACUGAACACUUUUAUUUUAUUUUAUUUCAUUUUAUUUUAUUUCAUUCCCCCCGCUCCCCCCCUCCAUUCCCUGGUCAUCAAUGGUGGGGAAGGAGGGUAAGCGAGUCACAUUCAAAGGCCUGCUGUGAGGGAAACGAGGCAAGCCAACAUGGCGGCCGCGCAGGUGCUCCCUCUCCCUUUGCCCCGCCCCUCCCUUUCCCAGUGCCAUUCAUCCUCCUCCUCCUCCUCCCCAGUCCUGCUCCCUUCUCCGAAGUGCCCGGAUGCCAGCAGCUCGGCCGCCAUCUUCCCGACUCAGCCGAAGCGGUCCCGCACCAUUCAGUGAGCGCGAGCCCAGCAGCAGGUGCCGCCGCGGCCGCCGCCAGCCCCGUUCCGAGCCCCGCAACCGCCUCGACCAGCAUCCCCGGAGAUGUGAGUAGCGCCCGAUUUGCAAAGCGCCGCGGGGCGAGCAAUGCUCUUCAGGGUGCAUAGAGGCGGGUGCAUGUGAAAAGAGAGGGUUUUGACGUUUGCUCGCCGGCGCGAGGGAGGGAAGGCGGCUCAGAGCCGCCCACGCAGUGGACCCCCGCGGGUGCUUUUUCCUCCUUUAUCGGUGCUUAAGGGGGGGGGGUCAUUGCAACGAGAUCGAUGGCGUGCAAUCACCCCCGGCUUGCAUUAGUGUUUGUGCAUUAGGUUUGGACCCCCAUUUUUGGGGAGGGGGAGGAGGAGGCAGCGGCGGCGAAGGGCUUGGCCGCCGUCCUUUGCAAAACAACAACCCGGUUUUCAGGGCGUUGGGCUGGGUGAAGGGAGCGCAAUGGUGAGAAAUGCAUGUAGAAACGUUGCGCUCCCCCCCCAUCCCCCACGCCAAAGCGCGUUAUCCUUUUGUGUCUCUCUUCGCCCACCCACACAUCAGCCUAAGGCGAUCUAGGGAAGGAGGGGGGGGGAUCAGGGCAAGGACGUGAGGCGGCUGGAAGAGAUCGAGCGGGGUGGGGGCAAGGAGCCUUCCUCCACCUUGAAAGAGAUGGCCGGGGGGGGUGCCUCUCCCGCCACCGCCAAGCUUUCCCCCUUCCCUCCUCCCCAAACCUCGCAUCUUUCCGCAGGCAAAGGGGUCAACUGGUUGCAAUGUUGCAUCUCUCAUCUCAUCCCUCCCCCACUUGAAUCGUGGAGUGUGGGGGGGAGAAAGCCCCCUAAAAUAGGCAAGGAGAGAAAUAAACAACAUGCGGUGUUACAUUUCCCCUAAGAUUGCGAGAAAUAAAUGAGGUCAUCGUGUAUGAUCCUUCCCCUCCUUGGAGGAGGACGUAUAUGAGAGCCCUGUUUUACCCCCCCCUCGAAAUCUUCUUGAUGUAGCCAGGAUCUAGGGAAGGAGAUUUUAAUAAAUAGUCGGACAUUCCGCUUUAAUCUUGUCCCCAUCCAUUUAAUCUCUGCUUGCUUUGAUGGAGAAUUGCCUCUUCUUCCCUCUUUUUAAAUAUAUUUUGCAGGGAAAAGCUAGCAUUAAAUACAUUUUUUUAAAAAUCUGCCUGCAUAUAAUGUUUCUGCUGUUGUUUUUUUAAAUGGGAGUGCCUGCUUCCUCCCUCCCUUUUUCUCCUCCAUUAGCAUACCUGGAGGCGAUUAACUGAUUCCUGUGUCAGUGUAAAAAAAAUUAACAGAUCCCCCCCCCCUUACAGGUGUUAGGUAUAUGGUGGUGGUGGGUGCCUAGCGAUACCCCCCUCCCCACAAACGCCAGUGGAUGCCAAAUGCUCUGAUGGUUGAAAUCGACAGGGGGGGGGGUGUUCUGAAAGCAUCAUCUGACCAGAUAUAUGUGUUCAGCGCCCCCACCUUCCAUUUUUCCUCUUCAGUAAGGCACUAGAUACAGCCCCUCGCCAUGUCUGAAAUAACGGGGAUGUGUGGGGGGGCACGUUUAAGACCUGCCACCCCUCCCAUAUUCACCCUUUUGAGUAUUUUUAGAUUUUGCAAACGCAAGCAGGCAGACAGAUGACGCUAAAAAUACCCUUUAUUCCCAGGCAGUUGUCACUUCCUUGAUUUUCAUUCAACCUUUGCUGUUUGUUCCUCUUUUGUGGUGGCAGGAGGGCGGGAAUGGAAUGCCCCCCCUUUAUUCUGCAAAAACCUCAGCUUCCUUUCACUGCUGUGAUUGGCAUCCUUGUGGUGUGGGCUCCCGUUGUGCACCAUAGAAAGGAGUCGUAGAGACCACCCCCCAAUAUGAAAUUUUCUGUUUUUCUUUCUGGGGGGAUGUAGAUCCUUCACAAAUUUUGUGUUGUCUUUCCUAAUAACACUUCCUAAGCUCUGAAAGGGGAUGGGGACAGGGGGAUGACAUUGUGGAGGAGAUGGUAAGGCUGGAUUUGGGGGGGGGUAAGAUUUAGAGUCGGGUCUGUGUGUUAUGGACAGGAAAUGUACGUGCGUAAUUGAGAAAAACAGGCAGGUUCAAGGGAGAGAGAACAAGGUGUGGAGGGAUUGGGGGAAGGUGAGGGGAAAGGAAUGAGAAUAUACACACACACACACACAUAUUUAUAUAUAUAUGGAAUAUGGCUUUUGUUGUGGGUACAUUUUGGGGGCUACGGUGGUGUGCGUGCCCAAGAAUCGAGGGCUGUUGAAGGGGGUGUCAGGAUGGCAGGCAGGAACAGAUGUUCAGCGAGACUGGGAGAUUUUUCUGGCAAAUUUCUUUAAAAAUAGAGGGUGAUGGGAGGGCAAGAUGAUUUUGAGUCCGCUGCAGAAAUGCUUGAGGCAUGCUUGGCUGACGAGGGAGCUGCACUCUGCAUGCACACAGAUGGUCUAGAAUUCAUUCGGGGCUGAAGAAUUCAAAGGAGGGCGGGGGGCAGGCAUUUUGGUGGUGAAAUCGGGGGAUUUUGCUCCUGAAGGAGUGGCUUGGCUUGCACUGCUGGCCUGUGAUGGAACACGCUUCUCUGCAUUGUGAGCCGCCCUGGGAUCUACAGGUGGAGGGCAGUAUGCAGAUUUAAUACAUAAUAAUAAUUGCAAUAACGUUCUGAGGUUCCAAGUGGUGCUUCCGUGCCUUUUCUCCCUGCCCCCUUGUGGGAAUAUUGUGAGCUCAAGCACAGAGAGAACAGCUGCUAAAUUAGCAGAUGAUGAUUUUGUAAUGAGAUUUAAAAUAAUAAAAAUCAGCCGGUGCAAAAAUUAUAAACUUACAUCGUUUCCACCCCACCCCCACAGCUGUGUUUGACUAUGCGUACUUUUUUCUGCCUGAGUAUUAAUAAAGCUUAUGCUCUGUAGACCUACAGCUAUAUUUUAUCCACAAAAAUCCACCAAUAUCUCACAGAUGAGCCACAGAUUUUGAUGUGAGCUUACUCCAGUCUUCAGUGGUUUUGUUUAAAAUGGGCCUACCGACCUGACUUUUGUACUUAAUCAGUUGAUAACUCAGUAACAUCAUGUGUCCAGCAUGUGAAUUUAAAAUGUAUCAAAACUAGCAGGUUUAUAUGUGAAAGAGAAACUAAUUAGCCAGUUCUUCAUAACACUCGCCCAACAACAUAUUCUCUCUCUCUCUUUAAUGAAUGUAACUCAUUGCCAGUAGUAUUAUCACCCUUCCCUCCAUCUGCUCUGUAUACCUUAAAACAGUGUUUCCCAAACUGUUUCCAGCUGUUUUUUUGGACUACAACUCCCAUCAUCCCUAGCUAGCAAGACCAGUUGUCAUGGAUGAUGGGAAUUGUAGUCUGAGGAAAAAAACAGCUGGAGACCCAGGUUUGGGAACCCCCGCCUUAAAGCAACCUUCUUAAACUUUGGGGAAGGGGUGGUGCCCUCAGAUGUUGUGGGACCACAACUCCCAUCAUCCUUGACUAAACUGUCAGGGGAUGAUGGGAGUUGUAGUCGUAGAAUCAUAGAAUUGUAGCGUUGGAAAGGGACCCUGAGCAGCAUCUGUGCACGCAAAUCAAAUAACGGAUUUGGGUGAGGGGACACACACUACCAAAUCAUGCCAUUUAGCAUACUUUCCUCCAAUGAACUGGCAUAUGUAAUUGUGCACACAUUCUUCUCUGUCCACCCUUUGAAUCUCUUCUUAGCUUCCUCUGCUUUGAUAAUAAUUCCCCUCUUUUUAGAAGGGCAGGGAGAGACACGGAGAUACUGAUUCCCCCAGUUCUUGCUCUGAAAGGUCUGAGGACUUAAAAAGUUUAUCCUUGUACCAAAAGUAAUUGUGGUGAACACCCCCUCCAGAUAGUGACAAAAACCCUUAAUGGAUCCGAGUGACUUGAGAGUUUUCACAUUAAAGUCAAGGUUGUGGGUUCGAGCCGCACGUGGGGCAAACGAUUCCUGCAUUUUCAGGGGGUUGGACUAGAUGACCCUCGUGGUCCCUUCCAACUCUACAAUGCUGUGAUUCUGAACCUGAAACACAUUCCCAUCCUAGGAGUGGUCUGUAAAUUCCCCUGGGUCUCUUCUUGAGGGUGUGUGGUUGGAUUGAAUCAAAGAGAGGAGAGGCCUAGUGCUGUGAUCAAAUACCCUCCCUCACUUUGCCCUUCAAUCUCCCCCCACCCUGCUUUCAAUGAAUUGAUCUCUUCUCCCCCUCCGCUUUACUUGAAACUGCCUUUUCUGGCAGUCCGUAAUUUGGAAGGUGGGUUUUGUAAAGGAGACAGGGGUACGCUCUCUGAGGCUGUCCCAGGAUGUGCAAAUAAUUUUCGGUAUGCCUUGCGUGGAUCUGUGGUUCUCUAUCUUGCGCCCUUCGUUCUUUUCCUCCCCUCUCCUGAUGUUUAGCAGCCUUGGAAAAUAAGACCGACCAAGUUACUAGACCACAGGAAUGUUUUACGGCUUUGCCUGUGCUUGUCUUUUGUUGGCCUGAGGCAGGGAGCGGGUGUGGGCUUGCCUAAAUCAUGAGGAUCAUCCGUGGCUGAUUUGUGUCACAUUAUAUGGAAAUGAAUCAAUUGAUUGAUCGAUCGAUUUUCCCCAGCCUGUCAAGAUGUGCCUUUAGCCGCAUGGAGCCUCAGCAGAUGUCUUGACCGGAGAGGGGAAAAUGGAGUAAAAAAGGGAAAAAAGAGGAAUUGCCUAAUAUAGAACAAACAAAACCUUUUGUUCUGAGCAGCUGAUACAACAAGUACACCCUUUGUGCCUUUAAAACAAAGGGGUAGUCAGAAGAUGAUUCAAGUCACCUCCUUAUCUGGUGUGAAGUCAUGUUUUGGCCUUGCAGAUAACACUCACCAACCCCACUGAGAUAACUCCUCUCUCAUGAGAGCUUUUGUCACAUCUGUGGGGGGCCCCGCUCCCAGCUCAAGGGCCACAUUCCCUCCUGGGGGCCACGUGCGAGUGGUGGGUGGGGCCAGAGGCAAAAGUAGACGGGACAACUCUGUGAUGUAAAUAACUGGGUUUCCAAAGGUAGUCACUUCCGUCCCAUCACCUCCUGGCAAAUAGAAGGGGAAGAAAUGGAGGCAGUGAGAGAUUUUGCUUUCUUGGGCUCCAUGAUCACUGCAGAUGGUGACAGCAGUCACGAAAUUAAAAGACGCCUUCUUCUUGGGAGAAAAGCAAUGACAAACCUAGACAGCAUCUUAAAAAGCUGGACCAUAAAGAAGGCUGAUCGCCGAAGAAUGGAUGCUUUUGAAUUCUGGUGCUGGAGGAGACUCUUGAGAGUCCCAUGGACUGCAAGAAGAUCAAACCUCUCCAUUCUGAAGGAAAUCAGCCCUGAGCGCUCAAUGGAAGGACAGAUCCUGAAGCUGAGGCUCCAAGACUUUGGCCACCUCAUGAGAAGAGAAGACUCCCUGGAAGAGACCCUGGUGCUGGGAAAGAUAGAGGGCCCAAGGAGAAGGGGACGACAGAGGACGAGAUGGUGGGACAGUGUUCUCGAAGCUACCAGCAUGAGUUUGACCAAACUGCGGGAGGCAGUGGAAGACAGGAGUGCCUGGCGUGCUCUGGUCCAGGGGGUCAUGAAGAGUCGGACACGACUAAACAACAACAAUGCCCCCCACUGCCCAUUUAUAAGCCCCCUUUGGGACCCUGACCCUUGAACCUUCACCCUUGUCUUUACCAAAUGACUUGGCAUAACAAAGGCGGACUUUGGAUGUGCAUUUGCUUCCAAGCGAUAAGCCUGCCCUUUAUCAGAUGUAGAAAUUACUUAAAUUACCUUGGUACGUGCCACUUGAUUGGAGGAUGAAUUCCUGGCUGGUUUAUUAUCGCCAAAUAGGUUUCUAAAGGGUUUAUUUUUCGGAGGAUGUCUGCAGUUCUGCACGUUUCCUGUUUCCUGAGGCGAACCGGCUGCUGAGAUCCCCUCUGUGUCCUAGGGAAGUUGCCGCCUCAUACGGACCUCAGGCCUUUCAUUCUUCCAGCCCAGUUCUGUCCGCUCUGGCUGGCAGCAGCCAGCUCCAGGUUCUUCUCUCUUCCCGAUUCUUUGAAUUGGGGAGAACUGGGUGGAUGGGGACGCGGGUGGCGCUGUGGGUUAAAUCACAGAGCCUAGGACUUGCCGAUCAGCAGGUCGGCGGUUCAAAUCCCCGUGACGGGGUGAGCUCCCGUUGCUCGGUCCCUGCUCCUGCCAACCUAGCAGUUCGAAAGCACGUCAAAGUGCAAGUAGAUAAAGAGGUACCGCUCUGGCGGGAAGGUAAAUGGCGUUUCUGUGCGCUGCUCUGGUUCGCCAGAAGCGGCUUAGUCAUGCUGGCCACAUGACCCGGAAGCUGUACGCCGGCUCCCUCGGCCAGUAAAGCGAGAUGAGCGCGGCAACCCCAGAGUUGGCCAUGACUGGACCUAAUGGUCAGGGGUCCCUUUACCUUUUACCUGGGUGGAAGACAGAAACUCAAGAAGUCACUUUAUCCUGAGUCAGACAGGUGGUUCACCUAGCUUCAUAUAGACCACACUGAUCUGCAGCAGCUCUCCAGGAUUCCAUAUAGCGUUAUCCCUCUGGGGAUUAAACCUGGAACUUUUCACGUGCAAAGCACAUGCUCAGACCCACUGAGCUAUAUGUAUAGCUUUUCCCGGAUCUGUGCCCUGCUACCUGUUCUCUUCUGGUGCCCCUUCCCAUUCAUGCACACGCAUUGUGUUGCUGCAAAGGCCAAAGUAGUGCAUUUUCCGCCUCCUGUUUUUCUCAGUGCAACAUUUGAUUUAGGUGUGCAAUGCUAUCUGCACUUGGAAUUCUAGCUAGCUGGUAGUAGUGAAUUUUAUUUUAUUUUAUUUUUUUGCUGUCUUUUGCCCUGCACAAUAAUGGGAUGAGGAAGGGGGCAGAGACCAGCAGGGUAUCUAUCUAUGUAUGUAUAAAGGUAAAGGGACCCCUGACCAUUAGGUGCAGUCGCGGACGACUCUGGGGUUGCUGCGCUCGUUUCGCUUUACUAGCCAAGGGAGCCGGGCGUACAGCUUCCGGGUCAUGUGGCCAGCAUGACUAAGCCGCUUCUGGUGAACCAGAGCAGCGCACAGAAACACCGUUUAGCUUCCUGCCAGAGUGGUACCUAUUUAUCUACUUGCACUUUGUCGUGCUUUCGAACUGCUAGGUUGGCAGGAGCUGGGACCGAGCAACGGGAGCUCACCCCGUUGUGGGGAUUCGAACCGCCGACCUUCUGAUCGGCAAGCCCUAGGCUCUGUGAUUUAACCCACAGCGCCACCUGCAUCCCCUCUAUCUAUGUAUACCAGCACUUUAAAACCUGGGGGUUCCUUGAUUAAAUUCAAAACCUGAAUGUUCAGAGUGCUCUGUCCAUUUGCUGAAGUGUCUCUAAUGGCUUUUUGGAAGAAGCAGGUGCUGGAGGGUGUUGAUUUAUCCCUUUCGGAGCGAAUGCUUCUUGCAUUUCCUUCCUGAGGACUGGUAACUUGAACUGCACAGUUCCUCCCUCCCAUCAGACAGAAAUUGCCACGCAGCUAGCUGAGCUGGAGGGGAAAAAAAGGGAAGUCAAACUCACGUGCCAACCUCGAAGGUACCUCCCUCUCUUUGAACUAGUGAUAACUUUUGCAGCCUAUGCAGCAGUUGCUCAGAUUUUGAGCUUUUAUCUGGGCUGGAUACCUAUAACCUGCCUCAAGUGUAGUGUAGUGGUUAUUGUUGGACUAGGAUCUGGAAGAGCAGUCUUCAAAUCCCCAUUCAGCCUAACCUACCCCGCAGGGUUGCUGGGGGGAUUAAAUGAAGAAAAGGAGAACCAUUCAUGCCACCUUGAGCUCCAUAGAGGAAAAAGCAGGAUGGAAAUGCAAUCCUUUUUUUUUUUUUUAAUCUUCCAGUAGCCAGUGCUUUCCUCAAAAGUCAGAGGGGUGGUGCUCUCUCCCAUCAUUUAUUUUCAUUCUUGGUGGGGGUUUUUUGUGCUGGUUCCAGAAAUAACAAGGUGUUCUGCUCUGAGCUGGAGGUGGUUCAAUGGUCACUUAGCAUCUUGGUCAAAAUCUCCUUCACGUAACUGAUUUGCUUCCCCUUCUGUCCAUGGACCACCCCUGAUCUCAUUAUCGUGAGAGAAGUUAAAGCCGUUAGCUUCUGCAUUUAUCAUCAAUCUUGCCUUAACGUGUUUCUUUCUUUUUUAAAUGAAAACAUAAGAAUAGCACGUGAGUGAGAGAAACAAAACGAAACUGGUUCCACAUACAGUGGUACCUCGGGUUAAGUACGUAAUUCGUUCUGGAGGUCCGUUCUUAACCUGAAACUGUUCUUAACCUGAAGCACCACUUUAGCUAAUGGGGCCCCCUGCUGCCGCCGGAGCCCGAUUUCUGUUCUCAUCCUGAAGCAAAGUUCUUAACCCGAGGUACUAUUUCUGGGUUAGCGGAGUCUGUAACCUGAAGCGUAUGUAACUUGAAGCGUAUGUAACCCGAGGUACCACUGUAUAUCUCUGUCCUCGACACGUCGAGCAGGGCCUGGUGUUCUUAAAAAUGCAACGGGGGGAAAAACAAAAGGAAGAAAUUUCUUAAUUGGCCUAAGAACAUAAGAAGAGUUCUGCUGGAUCAGGCGGAUCUAGUCCAGCCAGGACCUGAGCACAGGAACCUUCUCCCCUCCUGAUAUUCAGAAGCGUUUAUUUUCUCCAACCGUGUCGACAAAGCGUUGUCGCUCUGCCUCGUAGCCCUUGGAGCUGUGUGUACGUGCUUAACAUAUAAGCCAUAACAUUAGCUUAUUUUGCAUCAUUCAUUCAUUCUGCCAGUCAUGCCCAGCUCCUUGCCAACUUCCCCCACAGCUGCUGAGAGUUCGCCAGCCCUGCGUCUGGGCUGUACCAUUUCAGACUGUUCGGGGUUGGGGCGGGAGCAUUUUACGUGACUUGCCUGUGGGGAAAGUCACUUGCCUAUAGAAAAGGUAAUAUGCAAGUGGAAAGGGUGCUAGUGUGAGCCUCUUAUUUCCUUUAUUUAUUUUAUUUCAAAAUUUUAAUUUAUUGAAUUCAUAUACCGCCCUAUACCCGGAAGUCUCAGGGCGGUUCACAUAAAAAUAUCACAGUAUAUAAGAUAAAAAAUAAAAGCAAUAACCCAGUAAUACCCCUCCUAGAAAAGAGCCACAUUUUAAAAGGUUAUGGGAUGUGCUAUAUCUCUGUGUGCAGGGCAUUUUUCUUCCUUUUUUUGAGGGAAGGAGGAGCCAUUCUGCGACGUAAGAGGUCCCAGUUACAUCACUUAAUCAGAACGAAGCCUUCAAAGGCGCUCUCCAGAUGUUUUGCAUUACAACUCCCAUCAGCCAGUGUCUGGGGUGAUGGCAAGCUCUAGGUCUACGCAGUGAUGGCCAAACUUGUCCCUCCAGCUGUUUUGGGACUACAACUCCCAUCAUCCCUAGCUAACAGGACCAGCGGUCAGGGAUGAUGGGAAUUGUAGUCCCAAAACAGCUGGAGGGACAAGUUUGGCCAUCACUGGUCUACAGCAUCUGGAGGGCGCCGAGUUGGGGAAUGCAGCCUUAGAAGCUCAUCUCAACUUGCUCUGUGGGUUAAGGUAAAGGGUCCAGUCAUGACCGACGGGUUGCGGCGCUCAUCUCGCUUUACUGGCCGAGGGAGCCGGCGUACAGCUUCUGGGUCAUGUGGCCAGCAGGACUAAGCCACUUCUGGCGAACCAGAGCAGUGCAUGGAAACGCUGUUUAACUUUCCGCCAGAGUGGUACCUAUUUAUCUACUUGCACUUUGACGUGCUUUCGAGCUGCUAGGUUGGCAGGAGCUCUGUGGGUUAGCAAACCCAUAAAGACGAAGGUUUGUGGGGAAGGCUGAAUUUCUGGGCCCCAGCGCACACCCUCCCAAGACCCUUUUACAUAACUGUGAUUUCUGUCCUCAACAUGGUCUCCAAUGGCCUGGGAUUUCUCUCUCUCUCUUUUAAAAAAAGGAAAGGGAGGGAAACCAAAUCAGAUCUGGUAACUCAUUUUUUGUUCUGUGUCAUUCUCUUGCUGGUUUUGUUUCUCUAGCCUUGUCUCCCCCCAAUGGAUGAUUUACUUGCCAUUGUUUCAGUGGUGUGGCGUCACUGUCUGAAAAUAGAAGGCACUUGGGAAUGUGUGUGUGUAUGUCUGUCUGUCAGGGAAUUGCAGGUCCCUUUCCUCAACAUGGAAAUCGCCCGCCUUUCAUUUUAAUUGUUUCGAAAACGAGACUCAGUUGGUGCAAACCAAGGUUCCUGACCUGGGGAGAAAACCCGCCGAAAAGCCUUUGUUUCUAUGGGUGCCAAUCAAAUCUGGAAAAGGUACCCGGAAAAAAAGGGUGUUUCAGGAAUUUGAGGUGUUCUGCCUAAACUGAGCUGUUCUGAUGUGGGCGGGGUGUAUUCCAUGGGAAUUAGACAAUUUCAUUCUUCGUUUGAAAAUCAGGGUCCUGUGGCCUGUAGGAUUUUUGGCUACCCAGAGCUGCUUCCUUGUGUCCUGUAAAAGCUUGAUAUGAUGCUGUCCAGGUCUCCCUUUCCAGGGAUUAAAUAUAGAGUCCUUGCUCUUAAUCCCCCUCUAAUUAUAGCCUGUUAUCUUAAACCCACCAGAGUUUUUGUAGUGCAGACCCCCCCUCCCAAUGCCCAGGAGAUCCUCUUUUUUCUGGCAGGGGCCGGGUGCUGUUUUCUUGCUUUAAAAAGGGUAGUCUUUUUGGGGGGCGGGGUUGCAUUGCAGUUACCGUCUUUAUUUUAGAUUGUUCAGUUUUUGUGGCAUUUAAACAAAACCGCUGAUGGGGAAGGUAGGUUUGUGCUGGACACUUGGGAAGCUAUGGGUGGGGUUAUAUAGGGGUUUAUAUUUAUUUAUUCAUAUAUUGUUUACAUAUAUUUACUUAUAGCAAAGUGUAAUAACAGAGGCCAAAUAAAACUAGAAAGAGAUAGCUGGAACUAAACACAGAGGAACAAAUUUCCAUAAUGAAACAGGACAUAAUAAAUUAACAUCACAAGGUUGCAAGUAACACAGAUGGGUUUUCAUUAUCCUCUACCUUGUGACUUGAGUGCAUUAUAAAAAGACUCAGAUUUCUCGAUAGAGACUUUGUCUUGUUGCCUGCCCUCUCGGUUUCUCUCACCGUAUAUGUAAGCGUAACCAUGUACAGUAGUACCUUGGUUCUCAAAUUUAAUCCAUUCUGGAAGUGCGUUCCAAAACCAAGGCACACUUUCCCAUAGAAAGUAAUGCAAAAUGGAUUAAUCUGUUCCAGACUUUUUUAAAAAAAACCCUAAAACAGCAAUUUAACAUGAAUUUUAUUAUCUAACAAGACCAUUGAUCCAUAAAAUGAAAGCAAUAAUCAAUGUACUGUCAUAUAAAAUAAAUAAGACAGUUUUGUAGAUGAUAAUUUUUUAAAAAAUAAAUAACUUUCUUACCUGCACUGAUGAUAGUCAUUGUUUGGAUGGGGGGCUUUUAUCCAUUUCCACAGUCACACAAUCAAUCUAUCAAUCAGUAGCCGUACUGGGUUCCACACAGACACAAAAAAUUAGCCAAAACAGCUUCAAAAACAAAAAUGCAAAAUAAAUAGCAAAAACAAAAGCGCCAAACUUAAUCCGAUCUGGAAGGCCAUUUGACUUCUAAAAUGUUAGAAAACCAAGGCACAGCUUCUGAUUGGAAACAAUAGCCGACAGCUGCAUUGGACGUCCAACUUCUGAAAAAACAUUAAAAAACCAGAAUACUUACCUUCCGGGUUUUUGGUGUUUGAGAACCAAGGUACCGUUGUAUACUAUUAGUUAUCCAUUUUCUCAGGGAUGGUGUUCUGUCUCCCCUGACCCCACCCAUUUUGACAAAUUAUCAUUCUGGCAGAAGUUAAGAGGUGUUGUGUUAAUUCCCUGCCCUCUGUUUGUACAGUGUCUUUGACGCAAGCCAAUGAUGUGGGUGUUUAUUUUAGUUUAUUCCAUUUGCAUCUCACCCUUUCCUCACUCUGGAACUCAAGGUGUGUCUCCCAUUUGGUCAGGUGCUUCAGCCAGGUGCCUGUGCCUGUGCGAUGUCAGGACUUGCAAGCCCUGGGGCCGAUUUUCAAAAACCUCUGUAGCCACGGACAACCAAAUUCCGUACCAAGAGAAACUGAAUCCCGAAGCUGCUCAGAGUGGCCAUUGUGGAUACGGCUGGGCGUAUUUGUUGGAAAAGAUCGUCAUGAAUCUCCCCCUGAAGAUAGAGAGAUAAAGCCCUUUUGAACAAUUGAGGGGUGAGGGUAAUUCCUGUACAGUGGUACCUUGUUUUAAGAACAGCUUAGUUUAUGAACAACUUGGAUUAAGAACGCUGCAAACCUGCAAGUAGGUGUUUCGGUUUGUGAACUUUGCUUUGGAAUAAGAACUUGUUCCGCUUCCUGUUGAGCGUGUUCCAUUUGUAAAUUGAGUCCUCCGCUGCUAUGGGAAAGUAUGCCUUGGUUUAAGAACGCUUUGGUUUAAGAACGGACUUCCGGAACAGAUUAAGUUCGUAAACCAAGGUACCGCUGUAUAUAUCAAGUUGCCUGUAGCAAGUAUGAGUUUAUAAUAAUAAUAAUAAUAAUAAUAAUAAUAAUAGUAAUAAAUUUAUUUAUACCUCGCCCAUCUGGCUGAGUUUCCCCAGCCACUCUGGGCGGCUCCCAAUCAAGUGUUAAAAACAAUACAGCACAACAAGCUUUUUUGUUUGUUUUGUUUUUAGUUUUUUCUGGGCCAUCAAUGUAAUGACAACUGACGUAACACAAUUAUGUAGGAAGACGGGUUCCUAAAUGUUUUGAUGGCUGCUAGUUCUUUAUGUCAUCACUUUUGGGAACUUAAAUGCAAGGCUGGUGGCAUUGUUAUUUUGUUUUGUUCUUUUUGCUUGUGGGGAACUGAGAAUGGAUGAUGCAAUGAAGGUUAACAGAAACUUGUAUCUAUAAAAAUCAAUAUAUAAUAUGGAUUACAGUAUAAACAGCAGAGUCUAAAAGCAGCACUCGGAUUAAAAUUAAAAACAGAAAAGCAAGUUGCAAAUAUUAUGAUUUCAGUGUCUGCAUCUGCAAAAGGAUGCUCUCAGUUUCUGUCUACAAGACAGAUGCAUAUCCGCCAGGAGGAUAUCCCAGGGCUGUAGAGCCAUCACGAAGAAGGCCAUGCUUCUUAAAUAUUUGUUCACCCACAAUGGUUGUUUGGUAGAAUGCUUUCUUUUGUUUUUAGAGGUUGACUGUCUGGUUUUGGACCCAGAACUACCUUUGAGGAGGCUUUUCCAUGUGAGGGUGAAAUACCUCUUUGCUCAUAACCUGUGAUUGGCAUUUGUUGUUGUUGUUUAGUCGUUUAGUCGUGUCCGACUCUUCGUGACCCCAUGGACCAGAGCACGCCAGGCACUUCUGUCUUCCACUGUCUCCCGCAGUUUGGUCAGACUCAUGCUGGUAGCUUCGAGAACACUGUCCACCCAUCUCGUCCUCUGUCGUCCCCUUCUCCUUGUGCCAUCCAUCCUUCCCAACAUCAGGGUCUUUUCAGGGUCUUCUCUUCUCAUGAGGAGGCCAAAGUCUUGGAGCCUCAGCUUCAGGAUCUGUCUUUCCAGUGAGCACUCAGGGCUGAUUUCCUUCAGAAUGGAGAGGUUUGAUCUUCUUGCAGUCCAUGGGACUCUCAAGAGUCUCCUCCAGCACCAUAAUUCAAAAGCAUCCAUUCUUCAGCGAUCAGCCUUCUUUAUGGUCCAGCUCUCACUUCCAUACAUCACUACUGGGAAAACCAUGGCUUUAAUUAUACGGACCUUUGCUGGCAAGGUGAUGUCUCUGCUUUUUAAGAUGCUGUCUAGGUUUGUCAUUGCCUUUCUCCCAAGGAGCAGGCGUCUUUUAAUUUCGUGACUGCUGUCACCAUCUGCAGUGAUCAUGGAGCCCAAGAAAGUAAAAUCUCUCACUGCCUCCAUUUCUUCCCCUUCUAUUUGCCAGGAGGUGAUGGGACCAGUGGCCAUGAUCUUCGUUUUUUUGAUGUUGAGCUUCAGACCAUAUUUUGCACUCUCCUUUCUCACCCUCAUUAAAAGGUUCUUUAAUUCCUCCUCACUUUCUGCCAUCGGCAUUUAAUGGAUGUUUAUUACCUGAUCUACAUAUGGCAUUUUCGGGAGCGCCCCCUCUCAAAAAAGGCAUCACAAAACCUCAAGGCUUUCCACCCCCCCAAGCCUAAUUGUGGCAUGGUGUUACAGGGAGUGCUAACCCCCCUUCACUGUGACACCCCCUUCUAAAAUAUCCCCAUGUGUUGCAGUUCAGGUGGCAAGCCCAAUUAUGGCUGUGUGAGGCAGGAUUUGUGGUGGGCCAAAUGUGAAGGCUGAAUCUGACCUUUAGGCCAGUGGGUUCCAGGCCAGUCCUUCAUUGCUCGUCUUUCUUUUACACAGUGGUACCUUAGUUCUCAAACUUAAUCCGUUCCAGAAGUCCAUUCCAAAAUCAAAGCGUUCCAAAACCAAGGCGCGCUUUCCCAUAGAAAGUAAUGCCAAAUGGAUUAAUCCAUUCCAAAUUUUUAAAAACAACCCCAUAAACAGGAAUUUAACAUGAAUUUUACUAUCUAACGAGACCACUGAUCCAUAAAAUGAAAGCAAUAAACAAUGUACUGCAGUCACACAAUCAGUAGCUGAACUGGGUUCUACACAGUCACAAAAACAAAUCAAAAAGCCACUAAAAGGCAAAAUAAAUAGCAAAAACAGACAGACCUCAGCGUAACACUCAAAUCGGAAGCGUAACACUCAAAAUGGAGCACGUUCGGCUUCCAAAAAAAGUUUGCAACUGGGACACUUACUUCCGGGUUUGGGUUCCAAGUUGUUUGAGUUCUAAGGCGUUUGAGAACCAAAGUACCACUGUAUAUAUUUUUGGCUUGAAUCUGUUAAUUACAUUUCACAGUUCUUUGAGGACAGUUGCCUUGCUGUGCACUCCGUGCUUUGUUUUCGUGGUGUAAGCUGUCCUUACUAAGACAGCUGGGAACUAUAACUUUUUAAUGUGAGAUGAAGUCGGGGCGGGCAGAUGAUGAUGAUGAUGACAACCACCGUUUUUGCUUUCUCUCUUGCCUGCAGGUCGGCUCCCGCUGCCGCCGCGCCCCCCGCUGCCGGAGGAGAGGGGGGUGGCCCUCCUCCCCCACCCCCCAACCUCACCAGCAACAGAAGGCUGCAGCAAACUCAAGCUCAAGUCGAUGAGGUCAGUCGCGUGGGCAAGGAUGAGUGUGGGGCUGGGCACUUUGGGGGAGAGUAGCCUCUUUCUCCUUGCCACCUCUGUUGGAUUGGGGAGGGAGGGGGGGGGUUGCAAGGUGACUGUUCUCGCAUAAUUGCUUAGGGUGGGAGGAGAGCAUGGAGUAAAAGUCCUACCUACACACAGCACAAACCCACAGGCUGUGUAGCUCAGUGAUAAAGCCUUUGCUAUGCACAGAGAAAGGGACGCGGGUGGCGCUGUGGGUUAAACCACAGAGCCUAGGACUUGCCAAUCAGAAGGUCGGCGGUUCGAAUCCCCGUGACGGGGCGAGCACCCGUUGCUCGGUCCUUGCUUCUGCCAACCUAGCAGUUUGAAAGCACGCCAGUACAAGUAGAUAAAUAGGUACCGCUGCAGUGGGAAGGUAAACGGCGUUUCCGUGCGCUGCUCUGGUUUCGCCAGAAGCGGCUUAGUCAUGCUGGCCCCAUGACCCGGAAGCUGUACGCCGGAUCCCUCGGCCAAUAAAGCGAGAUGAGCGCCGCAACCCCAGAGUCGGUCAUGACUGGACCUAAUGGUCAGGGGUCCAUUUACCUUUUAACAUUUCCUUGCAAUGGUGAGCUGGGAAAGGGAAGACUUCAGAUAGUCUGAUGGCAUGGCUGCCACAAGGUGAGAGUUGAGGGGGAAUCCAGAGACAGCCUACGGAUUCGUCUUGCAUCUAUUUUUUCUCUCUCUGCUUUUCAGCCCAUGUGCUGUGGGUCUUUUCUGCAGUGCUUGCUGUGGUGAGACGGCAUCUCCUAAACCUUAUGCUUGUGUGAGAGAUCUUGGGAUGUGUGUGUGGGGGUGCAGAUUGGACUGGCCCGUUCUCCGUCUCCCUGCAGAGUUCCCUGUGGUCAACAGAAGCUUGCGGGCCUCUUGUCUUUACAGCGGUCUCCAGGAAGAAGUGUGAAGCUGUACUGGCAACUGUGUGGCGUAAUCAGUGCCGGAUUUAUGUAUAAGCUAAACAAGCUAUAGCUUAGGGCCCCACUCUCUCCCCCCCCCCCCCAAUUUUUUAUUCAUUUUAUAACAUAACUGUAGUGAGUAUGAGUUACUCGUGCGUAAACUGGUGCCUCUCUAGGCUAAUUUGCCUUGUUAAACCUUUCUGACUGCACAGCCCUUUCUCAUCGUGGCUGCCUCAGUCACUGGCAGAAUCCGUCAGUGGGCGUUUCUUGAACCUCUUCCAACAUAAGAGUUGUUUGACACCCAAUCUCCUCCUCCUCUCACUGCGCGGGAGUCUUCUGCGCAGGGAGGGCGUGGGCAGCGGAGGACCUGGGCUCUCCUCACUGAUGUCCAGUGAAGAGUCCUGGAGCCCUCUCUCCGAUUCCCCCAUCUGCCCCCCUUUAUCCCUGGUGUUGCGCUGAUUAGCUUCCCCCUCCACUGAGCUGUUUCUCCCCCUGCUGCUGGGUCCUUCGCCAGCAUCAUCUAGGAGCCUCCCCUUCGCCUUUCGCUCCGAUGUCAGUUCCCUGACAAUAACUAAACAACACAAACAGAAAAACAAACAAUACAAACAAAUUCUUGUCUUAUCCUUAUUUUUUCUAAACAUUGUAAGGUGGACUUCCCCAAGUCCCCCCUAUCUGAUUUUCAUUUUACCUCAUCUUUAGCAGUUUACAUAUAUCACAAUUUUUAACCAUGUUUUUUAUCACCCUUUUACCAUAAAAAUCUUCACAUUUUAUCACUUACAAAUAAUACUAUUUUAAAAUACACUAUCUUCUACUUCUAACCCUACAGCCUAUAGCCACUUCCAAAGCUAUUCUAAGAUUUAAAUAUUAACAUAUUUUUUCAAAUAUUCUUUAAACUUCUUCCAAUCUUCUUCCACUGUCUCUUCUCUCUGGUCUCGGAGUCUCCCAGUCAGUUUGGCAAGUUCCAUAUAGUCCAUCAUCUUCAUCUGCCAUUCUUCGAUAGAGGGCCCUACAAAAAAAAAUUAAAAGAAUUUUUUUUUUUACCAUAUAGCAUAUAUUCAACACAAAAACCAGCGACAAUUUGUUGUUGACAAAGGACAGCUGGACAUAUAAAGGGCCCCAUUACCUUCAGUAGCUUAGGGCCUCAUCAAACCUAAAUCCGGCCCUGGGCAUAAUGGUUCAGAGUGCGACCUGGGAGAGAGCAGGGUUUGCACCCCCAGUUGGCCGUGAAAUGGCCUCACCCAGGGAGAGGGGACCCUGGGCCAAUCACAACAUCGCAGGGUCGUUGUGAGGAGGAGCGCUAUGUGCUGAACCUUGCACAUCUUGGAGUGGAAAGCGACAUAUAAAUCAGAAUAAAUGAAUAAUAAUAAUAAUAGCUGCCCUUUCUCCUUCUUCUCUUCCUUUUCCUGCUGCAGGUCGUGGACAUCAUGCGAGUGAAUGUGGACAAGGUUCUCGAGAGGGAUCAGAAGCUCUCAGAGCUGGACGACCGUGCAGACGCUCUGCAGGCGGGGGCCUCCCAGUUCGAAACCAGUGCAGCCAAGCUCAAGCGCAAGUACUGGUGGAAGAAUCUAAAGGUAACCUGAAAAGAGCAGCAGGCACAUGGGGCGCCCUUUGAAUGCUAAAAGCCCUUCCUUGCUGAAACGGCCGUGCAGGUCUUAACUGGGAAUGAGAAGGCUCAGCAUUGCCCAACCCCCAAGAAUCCAUGUUUCAGUCUUCGGACUUGUAAAACUUAAGAGUAAAGCGCUGGCCCUCUGAGCACCGUAUUUUUCGCUCUAUAAGACGCACUUUUCCCCUCUUAAAAAGUAAAGGGAAAUGUGUGUACGUCUUAUGGAGUGAAUGCAGGCUGCGCAGCUAUCCCAGAAGCCAGAACAGCAAGAGGGAUUGCUGCUUUCACAGCGCAGCGAUCCCUCUUGCUGUUCUGGCUUCUGGGAUUCAGAACAUUUUUUUUUCUCGUUUUCCUCCUCCAAAAACUAGGUGCGUCUUGUGGUCUGGUGCGUCUUAUAGAGUGAAAAAUACGGUAUAUGUGCAGAUUCCUCCUGGAUGAAUCUUCUAAACUGGAGAAAGGGAAGUGAGUGGUGCAGUGUGUCGCUUCUGAGUGGGCUAAGCUGCAUGAUCUGUCCCUGGAAGGGCUUCCUCCUGUUCACUCACUCCAUUGAUUCAUUUGUUCGUUUUAUUUGUAUGCUGGUUUUCCGCAAAAGAAAAAAAAAAAAUCGUGCUCAAAGAGGCCGACGACAAAGAAAACAGGCAUUUGGAAAACUCAACAGUGCAAAAGCAAUUUUCAUGAUAGAUAACAUAGCGCAGCAAGACGAUAGAAAUUACGGUAACGUACAAUAUACCGUAUUUUUCGCUCUAUAGGAUGCACCAGACCAUAGGAGGGGGAGAACAGGGGAAAAAAAAUUCUCCCCCUCUCUGCUCAGCGCCCCUUCAGCGAAGCGGCAGGAGAAAUGGAGCCCCUUCCAUUUCUCAUCCCGCUUCACUGAAGGGGCGCUGCGCAGAGGGGGGAAACUGCAGCGCCUCUCCAGCGAAGCGAAGCUUGGAGAGCAAGAGGGAUCGGUGUGCACCGACCCCUCUCGCUCUCCAGGCUUCAGGCGGCUAUCCGCAAGCCUUCGGAGUGCAGCGGGAACUCCUGCUGCGCUCCGAAGGCUUGCGGAUAGCUGCCUGAAGCCCCCGGAGCACAGCCUUUGAAGCCUCCGCAGGGCAGCGGGGUGCCUUCACCCCACUGCCCUGUGGAGGCUUUGCACAGCCAUCCCCAAGCUAGAACAGUGAGACAGAGCGCUGCUCAGUGCUCCGUCUCCCUGUUCUGGCUUUGGGCUUAGCCGUGCAGCCUGCAUUCGCUCUAUAGGACACACACACAUUUCCCCUUAAUUUUUAGAGGGGGAAAGUGCGUCCUAUAGAGCGAAAAAUACGGUAUAAAUACAGUAUAUAUCAACAUUUCAGUACUGUAAAUACAAGGAGAUCACAUAAACAACAGCCAUCAUACAACAGCAAAAAUAAGAAGGGAGCUUGACAGUUUUCCCAUGGUCCUAGAAAAUGCCCCCCCUCACAAUAUUGCUCUGGGUCCUUCUCCUGCAGCAACUUGCAAGGCCCCCACAGGCAGGGAGUGGGGUUCAGCUGCUCCUGCCCUUGCUUGUUCCCAGAGACCAGUUGCAUCUCCUGGCACCUUUUCCCAGCUCAUGCUCUCGCUUCCCCCUCCCUCUUCUCUCCCAAUUGCAGAUGAUGAUAAUCCUGGGGGUGAUAUGCACCAUUAUCUUGAUCGUUAUCAUCGGUGAGUUUCCCCUUCUCAUAGCGAAGGCCAUAUUUUUGGGGUGGGACGGGUUGUCUUGUCUUUACAGUCAGUUGGGCUCGUUCUGGGUCCAGGUCCCCACCUCUGGCGGACAGGAUUGCACAGCCACAGGGGAAAAAGAUUCUGUUUUCUUAAAAAGCAUUGCUGCUUUUGAGAAAAGGCUCAGGGCUGCCAGUCUGCUCUCUACAGAAAAAGCUCUUCCACCAGAGCGAGGCUUCUGCCUGUUUUCCCCAUGCCAGCACUCAGUGCUGGAGCAAGUAAAGCAGUCAGAAAAGAAAAGAGCAUGUGCAGAGUGUAGAGGCAAGUGCAGAAGUUGAGCUGAGGGAGUUUGCUUUUCAGGCAGACUGCUGACUCCAGUCAUUUUCUUUAAGGCAACACUUUGCCUGUCUUCGUGGCCCCUGAAUUGUAAGGGCGUCUCAUUUGCCGCCACCUGGGUGGCUCAUAAAUCUGGACGCGACGCUGUUAAUAAUAAUAAUAAUUUAUUAUUUAUACCCCGCCCAUGUGGCUGGGUUUCCCCAGCCACUCUGGGCGGCUUCUAACAUUAAAAUCAAUACAGCAUCAAACAUUAAAAGCUUCCCUAAACAGGGCCGCCUUCAGUUGUCUUUUGAAAGUAAAAUAGUUACUUAUUGCCUUGGCAUCUGCUGGGGUCUCUAGAAGGGCUCUGGAGCGGUGUGGAUAUUGUUUAGGGCCUUUGGGCGUGAGGUCCGUAUCCUGCUGGAAGGCUUCUCAGAGUAACUUGGUUGGCUGCUGCAGGAAUCCCAAGAACCCGUCCGGUCGGGCCUUUGCUUUGAUGCAGUAAGGCACCUCUUUAGCUAGUACGGUCAAGACAGUGACCUACCUUACAGGGUGGUUGUGAAAAGAGCUGCAACAAGGAGUUGCAUGUGGCGCUCUCUUUGAAAGGGUUAAACAAAUGUUGGCAGGGGGUGGGGAGGCAAGGGGACUUGAAUGGCAGUGGGAACUUGGCCGGCCGUUCUGGCUUCUUCCUCUAGUCAAGGACCACUUUUGGAAGGCGGUAACAUCCAUCCCUCUGUGUGUGUGUUCUGGGAGGUGGGUUACCUUAGCAACCGCAUCCUGGCUGCAUGGACCAAUCCUGCUGCACAGAUUUAUUAUUAUUUUUUGGGAUAACAGCUGAGUUGGAGUGAUAUAGUUUGGGGGCGGCCGAAUCUCUUGAGGUUAUUAAUGGUUCUCCCCCCCCCCCAUACCCUCUCCCCUUCCUCCUUUUGCAGUUUACUUCAGCACUUAA